UUUACGGUAUGGCAACACUUUUUAAAAGUGCCAUCCGGUGCCCUAGUCGAUAUUUUGAAAGCUCGAGACGUUCUGUUAUACGUCGUUACAUUGGCUACCGCCGUUGGAUUGUAUUGCAGAAUUGAAUACGUAGCAUGAAAUUUCUAUAAAAAUGUUUCGUACCAAAAAAGAUGUCGAUAAACACGUUGCAGACAUCUUAAGCAAAAUCAAUAACGAAAAUGAGAGGAAUCUGCGCGGCUAUACAUUUGCUCGGCUUUAUUUUCAAAUUAAAGAAUAUGAAAUGGCCAAAAGAUAUUUAUCUGGAUUCUUAAGUGUGAGAGAAAUGCAUGCACUUGGCCAUAAAUUAAUGGGACAAAUUCAUGAAGCAAAACAUAAUUUAGAAGCUGCUGUUCAGUGUUAUAAAAGAUCUGCUGAAAUUGAUGGAAAUCAAAAAGAUGUUAUUCUUAAAAUAUGUGAACUCUAUUCCAGUCUUCCAGUAGACCAUGAGACAGCUAAAUAUUGGGCAGAUCGUGCUGAACAACUUUUUCCACAUCAUGAAGUAAUUUUCAAAUUAAGAGAACAUUUAGUGACUUUUGAUGGAGAACCAGAUCAUCAAGGUCUUGAAAAACUUAUUACUACAGAAUUGGCAGCUCGCCCAAAAGAUGUUACACUCCAUAUAAAAUUAUUAAAACUAUACAUAGAUACCGAACGUGUAAAAGAAGCUUUCAAAUAUGCAUUGAAAAUUGAAAGUAAAAUUCCAUAUCCAAAUAACAUUGAUUGGUAUGACUGUCUUACAGAAAUAUUUGAGGCUUAUCAAGAAGAAGCUGAUGUUGAGUUAGAUGAUGACUUUUAUUUUCAUUUACUUACCAUAUGGGAUCAUCUUGUUGGCUUAACUUUGGCAGAACCAUCCACAUUUAUUGAAAAUUUAAGUCAAAAAAAUGGAGUAUGUAAUGCUGCAUGCAAUUUAAAUGUAUUUGAUCAACAUUUAUAUAAAGUAUGGAAAUUAAGAAAACCACAUGAUAAAAGUUGGGACUAUUUUCUUUCUCACAUGAGAGGCCAACUUUAUUUUCGAAUAGCAACAUUACUAAUGAAAAGAGCAAAGAAGGAACAAGGAAAUUGGAAGGAAGCCUGUAGAUUUGCUGCAGCACUUUUUCUAAUAUGCUAUUCUUUUAAACCGUAUGAUCCACAACAAGAUAUUUGGUACUCCCAGAUCAAAAAUCGGCAAUUAUUUUCUAGCUGGUAUCAUAAAGGAAUGGAAAGAAUGUGUCAGUCAGGUUAUAUCAUAAUGACACUCUGUAAGGAAGAGAAAACAAAAUGGUUAACCAAAAUUAAACAAGAAACCUGCUUACAAACAGUACUGGACAGGAUAUAUAACAGACUGUUUGGUAACAUAAAGAAAACUGAUCCAUCUUUGUCCCAUUUUCUGCAAGAUAAAACUUUCCUUACUUGCCCCUUAGAAUUUCCAGAUGUAAUGUCUCUUCAAGAAUAUAAUGAAGUGAUAUUCAAGCUUCAUCCUGAUUCAUUACAUCAUUUAAUUUGGUUGUUUCUUCAUAUUCAAAAAAGACUAGGAAGUUACAGUUCAAAAAUUAAUUACAAGUCAAAAGUUUUUGAAGAUCUUCAAUUUAGUACUUCAACAUUAACAAAUGGAGCUCCAGAAUCUCUCUGUCUCUUAGAUAUAGAAAGCUUCUUAUAUGCUUCAAUAUAUACUUCACAACUUGCUAUAGAGAAUUAUCGUACUGCUACUCAUUCACAAGUAUAUGCUCCUUUAGCAAUACCUCCUGAUAUAGCUGAUCCUUUAUGUAGCAAAGAACAAGCAACUUGGUGGGAAGCUGUAUAUAAAUUAUAUAAAAAUACAGUGAGAGAAAAAUUAGGAGAAAUGAGAAGAAUUCUUCAGCGAGGUUUAGAAGUCAUUCGAGGAGUUGGUAAUCAUGGCAUCAGUAUAAAACUAAUGGUUCAUUUAGCAAGAACAUUUAUUGAUAAGGCUUCUGCUGUUCGUGGAGAAAAUGAGGAAUUACAUUCUGAAGAAGUUAGCAGUUUAGAGUUACGUGCUAGUCAUUAUUGGAAAAUUGCAUUGAAUAUGCUAGAAAAAUUAGCCAAAAAUCAGACUUUAAAAGUACCAGCAGAAUGUCUGUUUCAUAACUAUGGGAGCAAUCCUUCAAGUGAAGAAGUUUCUUCUCUUCAGGAAGAAGGACAAUUGUUUUUAGCAUGCCAUGCGAUGAAUGAAGGUCUGUUAGAAGCUGCUGCAUGUACAUUGAGUAAGCUUUCAUCUCCUCAUGCCAGCUUUUAUCUAGCUUUGACAUUAAAACGUCUUGCUGAGAAGAGGAUUGAAAAUAAAUCAAGAAGGGAAAUUUCAUCAAAUUCUUGGAAUACUCAUAUAAGUUUAUUGACUCGAGCCAGAGAUGCUUUACAUGCAACUUUAGAUCGUAUUCAAGGAGAUUCAAAACACCCAUUGAAUUUGGAACUUCAAGCAGAAAUCGAAGAUGUGGAAAAUCAGUUAGCAGCAGCUGACUCGGGUAUAAGAACAAUAGGAAAUGCCAAUGAGACAGAUGACGAUGAAUCGGAGUCUUAUUCUCACAGUGGAAGCUUAGAAGAGGAAUACAAGGAUGAAAAGUCAACUUUCAACACUUCUAAUUUAAUUUCUAGUUUCCUUAAAGUAAAACAAAGGAAAAAUAUUAAUUCAGUAUCUUCAAUGAAAAAACAUUUACCACCUAGUCCAGAAAGACUUGAUGCUCAGAUUCGUGCUCUUGCACUUUCUCACGAUACUCUAGUGAAAACUCUAUUAGAUCAACAGCAUCAUUUAAUUGAAACUAAUCGUGCAAUUGUUGAAGAAUUGAGACAGAAUAAAAUGGUUGUCGAACAGUUAAAGAAACAAUUAGAAGAGCUCCACAUAUCAAUUGGGAAAGAUGCUCACCUAAAAGGACAUGUAAAGUCUGACAGUGUUCAUACUGAACAAGAGGAAGAGGAGGAAGAAGGAAAUGGAUAUACAGAUGGUUAUUGGGAAUACUUUGUGGAUGGAAGUGGGGCUGUUACUAGACCUGACAUUGACUAUAGAGUUAAUUAUGAUAUAUGUCAACCUCCUAAUCCUGUAGUAACAGAUACAAAUGCACCUGUAGUAAAUUAUAUUUCACAACCAACUCCUAUGACUCAGUAUCGUUAUCAGUAUCCACCAGCUCAAGAUACAAACAGAAUCUAUUUUCCACCACUUGGACCUGGAUUACCAUUUACUGAAGGCCAACAGUUACCUCAAUUUCACUUUCAUGUUUCUCCUGUUCCAGAUACUUCAACUACUCGCUCAUCAGUAUUUACACGAAUUGCUCCACCUUCGACUACUUUUACUCAACCAACUACUAUUGUGACUACUUCAUGGGCUAGUAAGCCAACUGUUACGCCUGGAGUUGCUCAUCCUUUUCAAAUUCCAGUUCCGACAAGUGCAGUAGGAAUGACUAAUCCACCUUCAAUAUUAUCAACACCAUCUUUAAUUACAACACAAGUACAAGUUUCAUCACCAAACAUAAGUCAUAAUUCACAGUUACAGACUCUCUUAGGAUCAUCAACACAUUCAAAUCCUCCAGUCGAUGUCUUGGUCACUCAGUCAUUAGGGACAGAUAGUGCAGAAUCAGAUCAAGAGAGUACAGGAGACAUUAGUGGUGACUUCAAGCCUGCAAUACCAUUACCAGCAGAAAUUGAUGUACACACAGGAGAAGAAAAUGAAAAAGUAUGGUUUGAAGAAAGAGCUAAGUUAUUUAGAUUUGUAGAUAAAGAAUGGAAAGAAAGAGGAGUUGGAACAGUAAAAAUAUUACAUAAUGAAGCAUUAGGAAAAGUUCGAUUAUUAAUGAGGAGGGAUCAGGUAAAUAGGAAAAAAACAUAUAAAUUUUAUUCUUCUCUGAUUAUUUUAAAAUUUAUUUUUUUAAAUGGAA